CACGUGACCCGGAAAAGCAGAGAGACAGCGGCUGAGAGAGACGGUCUGACAUUUUGCAGUGACUAAAUGAGACAGCUUAUGGUUAUGAGACAGCCUGGGAUAGAGUUACCUUAAUGAGACAGUCUGUGUUAGUGUUACUUUAAUCAGACAGGCUGGGCUAGAGUUACCUGAAUGAGACAGUCUGUGUUAGUGUUACUUUAAUCAGACAGGCUGGGCUAGAGUUACCUGAAUGAGACAGUCUGUACUACAGUCACCUAAAUGAGACAGCCUGGGCUACAGUCACCUGAAUGAGACAGCCUGGGAUAGAGUCACCUGAAUGAGACAGCCUGGGCUACAGUCACCUGAAUGAGACAACCUGGACUACAGUCACCUGAAUGAGACAGCCUGGGCUACAGUCACACGAAUGAGACAGCCUGGGCUACAGUCACCUGAAUGAGACAGACUGGGCUAGAGUCCCCUGAAUGAGACAGCGUGGGAUACAGUCACCUGCAUGAGACAGCCUGGGCUAGAGUUCCCUGUAUUAGACAGCCUGGGCUAAAGUCACCUGAAUGAGACAGACCGGGCUAGAGUCCCCUGAAUGAGACAGCGUGGAAUACAGUCACCUGCAUGAGACAGCCUGGGCUAGAGUCCCCUGUAUUAGACAGACUGGGCUAAAGUCACAUGAAUGAGACAGACUGGGCUAGAGUCCCCUGAAUGAGACAGCUUGGGCUACAGUCAUAUGAAUGAGACAGCGUGGGAUAGAGUUCCCUGUAUGAGACAGCCUGGGCUACAGUCAUAUGAAUGAGAUAGCGUGGGAUAGAGUCCCCUGUAUGAGACAGCCUGGGCUAGAGUCAUAUGAAUGAGACAGCGUGGGAUACAGUCCCCUGUAUGAGACAGUCUGAGCUAGAUUCACCUGCAUGAGACAGUCUGAGCUAGAUUCACCUGCAUGACACAGUCUGGGCUAGAUUCACCUGCAUGAGCCAGUCUGGGCUAGAUUCACCUGCAUGAGACAGUCUGAGCUAGAUUCACCUGCAUGAGACAGUCUGAGCUAGAUUCACCUGCAUGAGACAGCCUGAGCUAGAGUCUCCUGGAUGAGACAGCCUGGGCUAGAGUCAGCUGAAUGAGACAGUCUGGGACUGAAGGGAGCCAUGCAGGAAAGUGCUGUGCAAUGUGACACCCAGGAAGAGACAGCACUGAGCCUGGGAAUGUGAGACAGAGAGCACAAUGCUGACAUCUAGAGAACUGUCAGCCUUAGUGUGACUACAAGAGACACCCCCUGGCCAAGCAUCAGCUUUGUAGCCUGUGAGACCCCUACCCUGGAAUACCAACACAGCUGCCUUAAAGGAACCAGCCCCUCAGAGACUGCUGACACUUCACUGCUCCUCAUAAGGUCACCCAAGCAUGGCAUUCUCACCCCAAUGCAUCUGAUGUCCCUCACUUUUCUUACAUUAAAAAUGUUAGCCAUCACAGGAUAAAGUAUUUGUUUCCAUGGAAAUGCCGCUGGAGUGUACAGAAUUGGCCCCCAAGGGGCUCUUCAUUGGGGAAGAGCAGACUGACACAACUGAUUUGUGCUCUGCAGAGGAGCAUUCUGUGGAGGACAAAUUGUCAUCUGAGCUGGACAAUCCACGGGUGGAUGGUGGAGGCAAUGGUUUAGUUGUAGCACCAGCUUCUGAGGAGAGAAGUCAUGGGGAGACUUUGCCUAGAGAGCAAGAGAAAGGGCAUUUGUCUACAGACUCUCUCCCCCUAGAGAGGACACAGGAGGACACUGAGGGGUGUAGCACUGUUCUGAAGCAGAGUAACCAAAACUCAGAAGCUCCUCCCCCUCCAGAAGAGGGAGGAGCUCAAGUAAAAACAUCCACAGAAGAAAAAGAUGAGACCAAGGAAAAAGGAGCCAUAGAAGAAGAUAACGGGCGUAACAAACAUGGGCACAAGAGGGUCACCUUUCCUAGUGACGAUGACAUUGUCUCUGGGGCUCUAGAACCCAAAGAUCCGUGGAGGCAUGCUCAAAAUGUGACCGUGGACGAAGUGAUCACAUCCUACACUCAGGCCUGUCAGAAACUCAACUGUAAACAGAUUCCUAAACUAAUCCGGCAAUUACAGGAACUGACAGAUCUUUCAGGGAGAGUUGAUAACCUGGAUCUGAAAGGUGAGCGACUGGAUCACAAAGCAUGUGAGGCUUUAGAGGAGGUCUUCAAACGGGUGCAGUUUAAAAUGGUGGAUCUUGAGCAAACCAACUUGGACGAGGAUGGGGCUUCUGCACUCUUUGAUAUGAUUGAGUACUACGAGUCUGCAACGCAUCUGAACAUUUCCUUCAAUAAGCACAUAGGCACUCGAGGCUGGCAGGCCGCCGCACAUAUGAUGCGCAAGACUAACUGUCUGCAGUACCUAGACGCCCGCAAUACCCCCUUACUGGACCACUCUGCACCCUUUGUGGCUCGCGCACUUCGUAUCAGCAGCAGCCUGACGGUCCUACACCUGGAGAAUUGCAGUCUGUCCGGAAGACCCUUAAUGUUACUGGCUACGGCCCUGAAGAUGAACAUAGUGUUACGGGAACUCUACCUUGCGGAUAAUCGCCUCAACAGCCUCCAGGACUCAGCUCAGCUGGGGAACGUUCUCAAGUUUAACAGCUGUAUUCAGAUCCUGGACUUGCGGAACAAUCACAUCAUGGAUUCUGGUUUGGCAUUCCUGUGUGAGGGGAUUAAGGAGCAGAGACAAGGAUUGGUCACUUUGGUGCUCUGGAACAACCAACUGACACAUACUGGCAUGGUGUAUAUGAGCAUGUGUCUGCCUCACACUCAGACUCUAGAGACACUAAACCUAGGUCACAAUGCCAUUGGGAAUGAGGGAGUCCGCCAUCUUAAGAAUGGUCUAAUUGGCAAUCGCAGUGUUCUCAGACUCGGCUUGGCAUCUGCUAAACUGACAUGCGAAGGUGCGGUAGCUGUAGCUGAAUUUGUAGCAGAGUCACCCAGAUUACUGCGCCUGGAUCUGCGGGAGAAUGAAAUUAAGACUGGAGGGCUCAUGGCACUGUCCCUUGCUCUCCGUGUCAAUCAGUCACUGCUCAGGCUAGAUUUGGACCGCGAGCCCAAGAAGGAGGCGGUCAAGAGCUUUAUUGAGACUCAGAGGACACUGUUGACUGAAAUCCAAAAUGGUUGCCGGCGCAAUUUUGUGUUGGCGAAAGAAAAGGAAGAACGUCUUCAGCACUCUGUGUCCAUGGCAGAAAUUGCUUGCCCCACCCCUGAGGAUGUUGAGCCUACCCCUGAGGAGUCUGAACCUGCACUGGAGGAACCUAUUUCUAGUCCGGAAGAUUCAGUCCCUGUCACUGAGAUUGUUAGUCCAGUAUUGGAGGAACCAGGCUGUACUCUUGUUCCAGAGACACAGAAAGAGGACUCAGACUCUGACACAGAAGAGGAGGAGGUGGAAGAGAAGGAAGAAAAGAUAAACACUUUGCCAGAGGGACCUCGGCUCCAGAGACCAACAGGACAGGUUGAGGUCUCCAGUCCAGGCAGGGGCCACAAGGUCUUCUUAGUAACCAGAGUGGAAAACUCAAAUCCAGCAGAGAAUGGGAAGGGAGAGCAGUCAACAGGAGUGAAACCUCUUGCAGCCCCAUCACUUUCCAACGGACUGGAGAGUGGACAGACAAGUCCAAAUAGUACCAGCAAGGGAUCAAUAUUCUUCCGUGUCCAUGGGGUUUCCUUUCUCCGAUGCACCCAGAAUCCUUUAACGAACCCCAUUUCUCUUGCCUUAAGGAAAUGUGAUGCUUACCGGACUGUCGUACACAGAUUUUCCUUUGUAGACUGUCGACUGAUCCCUGUUUUGCUUCGCCUCGUAAUGGCAAUAAGGAUGUACGAUUUAGGAAAUAAAAAAACUGGUUCCCUAUAGGAUUUUUUGAGAUUAUAUGGAGUCCUGGAGAAAGAUGUGUGUCCCUAUAUAUUUGCUUCCACACUGGACUGUUACUGUUGUAUAUUCUGUGAUAUGGGGCUUUAGUUCACACCCUGUUUAAUUCUCUCUGCUGCUCCUCACCAUGAAAUUCAGCUACUCACAGAAAAAGCUAUAGGUUUUCUAGCUGUUGUCUUUCUAUAUAAAGUCUGUUUCUGUAAAUUUGACCAAAUAGAAGUGACUGGGCCAAACCAUUAUUUGUCCUAGGAAACUCAGAAUAGGCUCUGCCAGUGGGGUUCAAUAUUUCUGGUCAUGAAAAGUCACUACAUCCUAUUGGCAUGGAAAUUAUUGGGUGAUACCUGGUGUGUGUGUGUAUAUACAUAACAGAAUAUUUCUGAUCCCUGCUGCUUUCACUGUACAAUAGUAUAUGAUGGAACCCUAUAUAUUUCUCCUAUAUUAUAGGGCUUUCAGGGAGUGUCACUUUUUGUCUAUAUAUGGGAGCUGUUUAGGACACUAAUGCCUUAAGAAGGCAAAAACAUUCAGUACAAAGGCUGUACCUGUGAGAUGUUCUUCCAUAUCUGAAUACCUGACAUUUCUAUAUGGCUUCCCAUAUGCACCAAGACUUGUGAGAGCCAUUGUAUGGGAUUUGAGUGUUUGACCCUAUAGAACUCUCUACACUGUCCUAUGCUCUCUAAAAGUGAUUAUGACGUUUGAUUUUUGUAGACCUUUUAAGAUUAGCAGUAAUCUUUCACCUGCUGAAUAUAUAGGGUUGGCCCUAUAGUUAUUGGGUAUUUAAGACCCUACAAGUUUACCGCUGUAGACACCUUUUAGACUUUGCAAGGGUGUUUUAUGGGCACAAGUAUUUCCUUGUGAGUUAGAUUGCUGUAUAUGACUCUUCAGAAGACAGAGGGCAGCCAUUUUGGAUGCAUGAGCUGAAUUGUUUGUAACAAUAUUUAUACAUACAUGUAUGUCUUAUAAACACGUCUUUCAUGUAUACCAACGCACCUUACAUGUAUAUGUAUGAUAUCUUCGUCUGGCGUCCUCACACUAAUGCUCUGCCCCACAGCGUUCUGAUCAUAACUCUGUCUUUCUUAUGGGAUUUAUUUUAAAAUGGCUGUCCUCUGCCCAAGCGAAAGAACCGUCUCCCCAGCCCAUCGUCCAUCCCCCUAAUACAAACAGCUGGGGCAGUGUUUUUUGGGUAAUGCAAGAUACCCUACCUACGUGCAAUAUGAUUCCUUUAUCACUACACUACUGCGCACCCCAGCUAUAGGGCCAUCCUCAUAUACACCCCAUCAGCUGUUAUUUUAAAAGGUUUUUGUUUUUCUUCCUCUUGUCUAAUAAAAAGAUUUCCUAUA